UGGGCGGGGCCCGGCGGCGGUGGCGACCUUGGCGGCGGGAUCCCCGCGCCCCGCCGGCAUGAGCUGGGCCUGGCAGGCGCUGCGCGCCCUGCGCCUGCGGCUCCUCGGGCCCGCUAAGGAGCUGGUGGGCACCGACCAGUUCGGCAACAAGUACUACCGGGUGCCCAAGCACGAGACCCGCGCAGCAUGGAUAAGAAAAAAAAGAAAUGAUCCACCCACCAUUGAGGAAAUUCUUAAGAAUGAGAAUUACAGAGAAGAAAUGAAACAGAAGAUCAAAGAUGUAUCCGAAAAGGAUAAGCUGCUUCAGGCCAAGGAAUACAAGGAGGGACUUGUUGCUGAACCAGCUCACACACAGGUUAAAGGCCACGCAUCUGCCCCUUACUAUGGAAAGAAAGAGCCUUCGCAAGAUCCAACCAGCACUGCAAAUACCUUUCAGCCAGGCUCCUGGAUGCCACCAGGCAGUGGUAGUAGUCAUAAUAAAUAAACAAUUGCAAUGUACAGAUAUUGCUAAUGGAUAAAUAUUUUAACAGACAGCAUAAACAGCUGUUAUAUAUGAGUGAGUGUGCAAUAAAGUAAUAUUACAGCAGUUUCAUUUAUUUUUGCCGAACUGUUCAGAUAGGCUUAAUCACAACAAACUACUCUAAAAUUUGGGUUUUAGUGAAAAACAGGAUGUGUUACUAAGUAAGUUUGGUUUUGACAGUUGCUCUUCAUCAGUUACUCUUGGACUCAGAGGUAGCAGGGUUUCUAGCUAACUUAAUUUUAUUAAAGAAUUCUAAAUUGUUUUUUCCUUGAAGACUUUUAUUUUUAAAAUUGGUUUUGAAGUAGUAAAUUUUAGUUAAUUAGUACACUUAAAUUUUCCCAAACCUAGGCAUCAGUUUAAGAGUUCUUCAGAAUGCUUGUAAAUUCCCUUGGCAGUGCCAGUGUGCCACUGGCAAGUGGAUGGAAAAGGUUUCAUUAGCAGGAAUCACUAUGACACUACACUGACUAUGUACUGUAUUAAUCUUAGAGACAUUCUUGUAACUUAGAUUUAAGAAAACAACAUAUUUGAAUAAUGUUUGAUUUGCAGCCAGCAGUAAGCACAGGAUAAAAUCCCACUAAGUUGAACUACAUACAACUACUAUAAUAGAGGUUAGAAGCACUUGGUAAAGCUGCUGGAACAUAACACAGGGGUUGAGACAAGGGACUGUCAUUAAUAAAAAAAAAUAAACGUAUUAGUUGUUAUUGCCAGUGUAUGCAGGGACUUCCCUAAAUGAUUGGAUCUAUUUGGCCAUAGUUUAGAUACACAGAAUGUGCAGAUUAUUUGCUUAGAGAUGAUGUUUGAGAACUUGCAAGUCAAAAUAAAGACCACACAAUUUUUUGAAAAAA